UAAGAUUCAUUUGUUGUGCUAGAUCUCCAACUUGCGGCUGAGCUUGGGAAGACAUUACUGGAUCGGAACACAGAAUUGGAGGAGUCUCUUCAGCAGAUGUACACAACCAAUCAGGAGCAGUUACAGGAAAUUGAGUAUCUGACCAAGCAGGUGGAGCUUCUGCGGCAGAUGAAUGAACAGCAUGCAAAGGUUUACGAGCAGUUAGAUGUCACAGCAAGGGAACUGGAAGAAACAAAUCAGAGGCUAGUUGCUGACAGCAAGGCCUCACAGCAAAAGAUUCUGAGCCUAACUGAAACAAUUGAAUGUCUACAAACCAACAUUGAUCACCUCCAGAGCCAAGUGGAGGAGCUGAAAUCAUCUUGCCAAAGGAAAAGGAGCCCGGGGAAAUGCAGCCAGGAGAAAUCCGUGCCCAGCUUUGCAUGUCUGAAAGAGCUGUAUGACCUCCGCCAACACUUCGUGUAUGACCAUGUGUUUGCGGAGAAGAUCACUUCCUUACAAAGUCAGCAAAGCCCUGAUGAAGAGGAAAAUGAGCACCUGAAGAAAACAGUGACAGUGCUACAGGCUCAGCUGAGCCUGGAGCGGCAGAAGCGGGUGACCAUGGAGGAGGAAUACGAGCUUGUGCUGAAGGAGAACAGCGAACUAGAACAGCAGCUGGGGGCCACGGACGCCUACCGAGCCCGGGCGCUGGAACUGGAGGCGGAGGUGGUGGAGAUGCGGCAGAUGUUGCAAUUGGAGCAUCCUUUUGUGAAUGGGGUCGAGAAGCUGGUGCCAGACUCUCUCUUUGUUCCUUUCAAAGAGCCCAGCCAGAGCCUGCUGGAGGAGAUGUUCCUGACUGUGCCGGAGACACAGAGAAAGCCUCUCAAGCGCAGUAGCAGUGAGACAGUCCUAAGCAGCUUGGCAGGGGGUGACAUUGUGAUGGGUCACGAGGAGACCUGCAUCAGGAGGGCCAGGGCUGUGAAGCAGAGGGGCACCUCCCUUCUACACGAAGUGGACACUCAGUACAGUGCCCUGAAGGUGAAGUACGAGGAGCUGCUGAAGAAGUGCCAGCAGGGACAGGGCUCCCUGUCACACAAGGCUGUGCAGACCCCCAGAGCUCCAGCCAGGGACAUGAUUGGGUUGGAGCCUGAACCAGCCUCUGUCACCCCAGAGCCCAUCGGCUCCCCCGCCCCGACGACACCUCCUGAAUACAAAGCGCUGUUUAAGGAGAUCUUCAGCUGCAUCAAGAAGACUAAGCAAGAAAUAGAUGAACAGAGAAGAAAAUACCGGCCCCUCUCCGCUCAUUCCUAACUGAACCUCUAGCUCUACCACCAAUUCACUGGUCCCUCUCACCCCUCUCUCAUUCAGACCAGCGUCUGUACACUCCAAAGCUUGAUGUUGCUCAUGAUGUUUGCCUCCUUCCUUUACUUAUGCAGCAGAUGCAUACAGCCAGGAAAGGAGGUUGCCAGUGGUGGCAAAUCUACAGUCCGGUUCCAUUUAAGCUCCCCAGGAAAUCCCAUGACAAACUGGCCUCUGGCUGGCGCACUGAUUAGGCUUCACUUCUAGAAAAGCCCCAGAACCAGUGGACGGGAGAUCCAUGCUCCUGGAGAAGAAGGCCUGCAGCUGCUGCGGGGAAGGGCAGAGUAGGAGCAAAGCUAAGGCCAUUCCUCUUAGCUCCCUCGCCCAGCUUCUUAGAACUGUGCAGAAGCCAGAGGGCUGCCAAGCUAACAUGACUUUUGCACUCACUGUUGGAUACUGUGAAUUCAUUAAGAAGAAUGUUCAGGAGAAAGCAGGGGUCUAAUCCAAAGUAAAUGGUAUUAACAAAUACUGGGAGCCCUCGAGCUUUGUUCAAUCACCAGUUGAACUGUGACUGACAGGUAGUCCUAAUACAUCUAAAUCCAACUGAAUACCAAAUUGAAACUGCAAGCUUUGGUUUGAUCAAAGUUAGCCUGUGAGCAUACACCCUAGAGGGCCUCCACCCCCACAGGCAAGUGUUUUUACUCAGAGCUAUAGCCUUUAGAUAGGUGAAUAUGUACAUCUUUAAUUCCUUUCUCAAA